UGGACGUGCUUCGGAGCAGCAGAGUUACCUUGUAGCAUUUCCCGCUCUGCCAGUUGUUGUAGUUGCCAUAUUACUGACGAGAAAUCACUUUUGCGGCGGAAUUGCACCUAAUACUCUGUGUGCUUCUGGUUCCAGUUGUCAUCCAAAUGGCUCUUCGGUUCGGUCCUUGCUUCGUGAUGUGCCUUCUCCUCUGCGUUCUUAUUUUUCCUCUCCGAUCUUCAGCUAAUGUGGAUACAAUAAAAGAGAAGACCCUGGCAAUUAUUAAACCAGAUGGAGUCAAUGGUAACUACGUUGAUGUGAUAAAGAAAACUAUUUUGGGUUCUAGCUUCAGCAUAACACAGGAGAUGCAGCUUCAGUUAAAUGUGAAUACAGUGAAAAGUUUUUAUGCUGAGCAUGCUUCGAAGAGCUUUUUCUCAGGCCUUGUUCAGUACAUGACAAGUGGGCCGGUGGUGAUAAUGGUCUUGGAAAAGGAAAAUGCUAUAGCUGAUUGGCGUGCUUUGAUUGGACCCACAGAUGCGAACAUAGCUAAGGUGACUCAUCCAAAAAGUGUCAGAGCCUUCUGUGGGCUCGACUUGCAAAGAAACUGUGUUCAUGGUUCAGAUUCGCCACAAUCUGCUGCCAGAGAGAUAUCUUUUUUCUUUGAGAAGUCAUCUUCAGCAGCCAUUGUUUCACAGCAUGAUGAAUUAUAAAGUUGUGGAUGCUUAGAAGUGAUUCAUGCUCUGUCAAUACCUUGGCCCACCUGUUAUCCAUAGAAGCCAUCAAUUAUUGACGACUGCGAAACUUCUUUUGGGAAAUUGGAUUUGAAUGGCAUUGAUAUCCUAGUUAGGUGCUUUAUGGAAGGUUUUCCACUCUCACUCUUUCAUUCUCUUACUUUCUUAUUUGUUAGUUACCUUGUUCUUCUAGGUAGAAAUUCCAGAAUGUUAAGGUUGCCUACACAAAUUGUUAACUUAUAUGGAUGUUCUAUAACUUGUAUGAAUACAAUGGAUGAACAUGAUUCAUGGGGAUGACUGAGAGUUCCAUUCUGAAAACAUGAAUGCUGAUUAUGUAAAUAUCUUUUACCCAAUAUAUGCUUGUGAAUACUCACAGACGAAAUAUAUGGUAUAUGUUAUAUGCAACCCACACAAAAGCGCUACGUUGAUCGUUGCUCACUACUUUGACUUGUUUCUUAAUGUGAGUUUCAUACUGAGCAAGGGAAAAGUAUGUCUUUUGAGUUUCAAAGAGAUAUUUGUGAAAUGCGUACCUGAGGAUACUAGUAUAUAGAGAAAGAUAGUUACUCCUUUCUGAAAUUUCUUGUGAUUGCCUUUUGAUGAUGGUCUCAAGUACAAGAUAGCAUAUCGCCCGAUGGAACUUAUCCGCCAGAAAAUGAUAAGAACAAGGGGUGGAGCUCUAUUCAGUUAAGUAAUAUUUGACUGAGUCUCCUAUUAAAAAAAAAUGAACUUAUUUUCUUGUUAAACUGAAAAAAAAACAUAGUGUCUGUGUUUCUUAUUUUUGUUUUUGUUGCCUAAAUAUGUCAAGUCUCUUUCUUGGCAAACAUGAGUUGCAACUUAUUAAAUUGUUCAGCCUCGUGUUUUGAAUGGAAGGAUAUAUACGAGUUUAGAUAUAUUAUCUCAGAUGGAAAGUCCCAAUUACACCAGAAGUAGGUUUGCUUUCAAAAGUUGCUUGUUGUUAAUUUUUAAGAAAGUUAAUGAAAAUGAUAAUAUAGUGGCGUGUGCACACUUGUAGGUUUGGAGUAGAUAUUGAUAGACAUACUGGAGUUGCCAUUUGUGCUAGCAUUUUUGCUAUUGCUGAUGCAGAAUGGACAUGUUCCAUGGCAGGUGUUGAGCCAAUGGCAGUUUUUUAAUGAAUCACUUACUAUAUGUUUGAAAAUCUUUGUGGAUAGUUUUUCGUCGUGGUUAUCCUAAAGCUGUAUUCACCCAUAAGCUGGCAACUUUUAGUGGUAUUAUUCACUCCGUCAUAUGACACAUGUACCUUGUGAUGAUAAUGAGAUGUGGCCGGAAUGCUUAUCAGGAGUAAACAUGUGAUAACCUUGUGUGAAGGAAGAGGUAAACAAAAAAGAGAAAGGUGGAAUUAAGGCUAACUGUUUGAAAUUGUUUCUACAAAUACAUCUGUCCUGUUUAUGACUGGUCCAGUGGUGUCGAGAUAAUUCUUGAUUUUCUAUCCUUUUUAAUCUAGAAGCCAAACUUGAAUUCCCCUCUAUCAUGAAUUUGUUUAUUUUUCAAUAAAAUAUCUGGUACAGAAGGCGAAGAAUUGAAUAUGCCUGCAUUCAUUGGUAGGAUCACUAUGUUCAAAUUUGUCAUUGCAACCCAACUGGUCCAAGCAUUAUUUUAACCAUGCUUUACAAUGCCCAGUUUAUGUACCACGACAUGGAAAUCUUGUUAAAGUUAGUCCCCUUAUUUCUGAUGAAAUGAAAGGUGCUAUUAUAAUUGCUUAUGCCUGACUUUGAUUUGUGAAUACUGCAAGCCUUCUGCAUUUUAUUUGUGAAUCUUAGAGAAUGAGAAAACUCUUUAAUUCCUUAAAAACAUUGAGAUCUUUCUGCCUGAAUUUGAGAAGAUAAGACUUGUCAUUACAGCUAAUUUCAGAUUUGGGACCAUUCUUGAAUCUAAUGUGCUUCAUGAAUCAUGUAACUUGUUAAUAAUGUUGUAAUUGAGCUCCUCCCAAUCAAUCUCUGCAUGAUAUGAUUGGGACUAAUUUUCGUGCUUUUGUGUUGUCAACUCUGUUAUAAAUUCUGGGUCAAUUUCUGAACGAGUAUAUCAUCACUGAACUGUGCUUCUGAUGGCACCACGGUACUGGAUUCUUGGAUACCAGUAUAUAUAUGCACGAAAGAUUUAGCAUACCAGUUGAUAUAUUUCUAUUACAUUGUUUAUGUAGUAUAUACUUGAGUCAUUUGAUGAGUGACAAGGUUCACAAC